AUGUUAGCUAUUCCCACAACCUCUGGUCGCAAAUCACUUCGUGUGUCUAAUCGGGAGGUUGGCAUCUGGGGCUCCCGCGUCGUUGAGCAUCUUCAGCCCAACAGCAACGAGUCGCCUGUGAUUGCAAGAGAUAGAACACCGCUGCACUGGGCCGUGUCCUACGGCGCUGUUGGCCUGGCGAGUGUUCUGCUGGAAAACGGAGCGGACGUGAAUGCUGUUGGAGAGGAGAACAAUCUGCCAGCUGAUCUGGUCAACAGCUCACCAGUUCUACAGACGCAGGCAGAAUUACGUGCAAAGCUGACGCAGAUUUUGAUUGAUGCUACAACCUCUCGUCAGGAGCACUCGCAAAAGCAACAGCGGGCCGCAUAG